AUGGGGCUAUCUCUGGACCUUACCGAGACGCACAUCUCAUACUAUUCGGUGCCUGUUGCUUAUAUGCUUGCCUUCAUCCCACACGUCUACGCCAACACCAUUGCGGGCCAGAAUUAUGACAUAAGUGAGCCACGAAAACUCCUUGAGACUGUAGCAAAGGGUGGAACUCUGGAAAAGAAAGUCUAUCAACGGAUCUGCCGCGCCAAGGCUGCACAUGACAACGCCAUAGAGACGAUCGGCCUCUUUGCCGCUGGGGUUGCAGUAGCCAAUCUUGCAAAUACGGACAAGAAGUUUGUGAAUACGCUAUCCCUUGGCUACCUAGGACUUCGAGCACUGUACACUCUUGUUUACGUGAAGCUUCAAGAUAACCGGAAGUGGGCCCCGGUCAGAAGUUUGAUCUGGGUUGCGAGCAUGGGUGUCAUCUUUGCUCUUUGGAUUCAGGCGGGGAAUGCGAUGAAUUGA